CCUGGGGAAUGAGCAGGGGGAAGACCACGUUGACCACUUCAGUAUGGACUCAUGCAGGUCAUCUCCACCCUCUCAACGUUGGGAAAUGGGCACGUUCGGGUCCUGCUGGGAGUUCCGCCUUCUGCCCUUCCCAACUCUAGGACUCGGCCACCCAGGGAUACCAAAAUGCGGCCCUUACCUGAGGGCCGCCGGCGAUAAGAACGGGUUGGUAUAACCGCGGCUUCCGGGUGGCGCGGGUGAAUGACGUAUAACAAGCGCGCUGACCAACCAAAUAAGCAGGUGGGGAGGGGCGGUCCUGAAAGGAAGUAAGACCCGCCAAGGGGAAAAAGAGAAGGUCAGGGCUUUACUGAAUCAAAGGAGAUCAGGGCUCUCCAGAGGUGGAGGGAUUGAGGUCGCAGUAAACAACAAGAUGGCGCCAGGACCCCUGCAGUGAGUCUGCCUGCCUGCCUGCUGCGUGACACCUCACCUGAUUGGCCGAAGGACGCGUGCCCUUCACGUGAACAGAGACCGGAUUGGUGUGCCUGAUGCAUGGACUCUAGCUUGCUUCUGAUUGGUCACAUUUUGUAUAUAAGCCGUGGGUAUAAGGAGGAAGCUCUCUCUCCUCUCCUUUCCUCCUCCCUCUCUACCUCUGUCACAUCUACUUUCUCUAAUAAAAAGUCUACUGAAGACCGAUAAGUGCCGUUCGUUCUUUUCUCAUUCUUUUCUCGCCCGAGAAACCGUCGUCGCAGGCCCUGGGUUGAGUCUGCUGGCCAGACUCCCCGAGACGCUCACGGCAAGUGGUGCCGUGUCUCGGAUUCCUCAGCGAGGGACAAGUGGCAGAGAAGGUAAGAAAACUUAAAACGUACAUAUACGGAAAUCUAGGGGAUAAAGCCUAGGACCACCGCGGUUUUGAGUAAGCAAAUCAGGUUGCAACCAUGGGAAAUACACCCUCAGUUGCCAAAAUGCGGCUGCUCUUCAACCGAUUGUUGAGAGCGACAGGGACUCCCGGCAAAGCUGCAACUGUCUGCUCUUUCACCAGAGCAGUGGUGAAAGUUUUGCCGUGGUUCAUAGAAGGAGGGGAUUUAUCAAGGGAGAACUGGCGCACGGUAGGAAGGGAACUGCAUGCCGCUAAAGUUGAAGAAACGGUCUUACGGAUGUGGUACUUGGUUGAUAACGCUUUGGCUACAGACUCAGAAACCAUAGGGCAAUUGCUGGAUGAAGGUUUAAAAAUUUUAGAAAAGAUAGGCAAGGAUUCCAAGGAUAGCAGCAGCAAAGAUUUGGAGGAGGAAAGUGGCGCUGGUGGAGGGAUGCCAAGUAAGAAGAGCAUCCCUCCCUCUGAUAUCUCCCCACCACUUUAUCCUCCACUGCCUUCCGUCCCACCUUACCCUGAGGAUUCUCCCCACUGUUGCUGCCUUGCUAGCAGUGCCCCACAGUGGAGCCCCGUUGUACUCGGUUCGGGGAGGACGGCAGUGAAGGAAAAGGGAAGGGCCAUGACUCCCGUUGACCCAGAGGAGGAGGAGCGAGACAGCCCUGUCGGCAGGGGAAUCCAAUCCCACCGAGGGCCGAUUCCGGAUUGGUCACAAUUCUAUAAACCACAACAGAUAUUCCCGGUAUUCAUAGAUCAACAGGGCAAUAGAGGUUGGACACCGGUGGACUUUAAACUUCUUAAGGAAUUGCAGCAAGCAGUACAACUUUAUGGGACCCAUGCAAAUUUUACUAAGGCAGUCCUUGAAGGCAUGGGAUCGGGAGGCCUUAUAGUGGAAGAUUGGAGAAACAUAGUCAAGGCAGUUUUGUCAGGGGGUGACUCUCUUCUAUGGGCCGCAGCUUAUGGGGAGCUAGCAAAAAAACAGGCACUGGCCAAUAGGGCCAACAGGCAACCCGCUUGGAAUGAGGAUAUGUGUCGCUCCCCCUCUUCGUGGAGGAACGACACUAAGCCCUGCCUAGGCUUCAUAUCCGAGUCACGGCACCAUUAUGUCACUCCCCCUCUUCGCGGAGGAACGACACAGGACCCUGCGCUGUUCUUUUGUCUGCUCGGCCCUCCCCGGGUUUGCUGCUGGUUCUUCCCGGGUUGGCUGCUGGUCCUUCCCAGGUUGGCUACCGUCCCCUCCACCUCCGUGGAAGGGCGGUUCCCCCUGCCACAUUCCCCACUUCCGCGGGGGAGCGGCACACCGCCGGCCGGCUCUCUUGGGGGCUGCACAGGUGUUCCUCUUAGAUGUUCCCCUUAGAUGUUCCUGGUGCAUGCCGUCUCUCUCCUCCUUUAUAGUCCUCUUCCACCAAUCCCAACUCUGCUACCCACACGCCGAGUACGCUGCUCUCCUCCAAUCAGGAGCAGGUCCCACAGUUUAUUGGUUGAACUGGAGGCAGCUGUGUAGAAGCUGUUUCCCUUCUCAGCGCCAUAUUGUGGGAAAGCAGAUGCAUAGAAUAAGUCUUAAUUCCAGUAACUUAGUCUAGUCCGAGUUGCUCCCCACAGAUAUGUUAACUGGGAAUGGAGCCUUUGACACAGAGGACGCGCAAGCGUGGUGCCCAAACGAAGUACUGAUGCAAGUUCGAGACAUGGCUCUUCGGGCUUGGAAGGUGGUCCCAAAAAAGGGGGAAAUUAAACACAGUCUUACGAAAAUAAUCCAAGGUCCCAAUGAACCAUAUGCAGACUUUAUUAACAGACUGUUUGAAGCUGCGGGCAAUUUGUUUGAGUCGGUGGAUGAAGCCGCCCCAUUGUUAAGGAGAUUGGCCUAUGAGCAAGCUAAUAAAACGUGCUGUACAGCACUCAGACUUUGGCAACAUAAAGACAUUCCCACUUUCAUAAAAAUAUGUUGGGAUGUGAUGGAUGAUAUUGCGCCCAGAGCCCAUGCUGCCAUGGCUAUGGCAAAAACUAUACGAGGUAAUAGCUGUAAAUGUUUCAGCUGCGGCAAAGAGGGCCACUUAAAAAAGGAUUGCAGGGAAACUAGGACACAGGGUCGGCAACCAGGACUAUGCCCCAGGUGUGGAAAAGGAAACCACUGGGCCAAUGAAUGCUACUCAAAAAUGGACAAAGCAGGCAAUCCCUUAGAACAAAAAACAAACAAAUGCUCUCAGUCGCCAAAAAAUGGGAACUGGGCCCCAGUGCCCCGGGGCCCCAAACAACAGUGGGUGCAAAAGACUCGGAAAACAACAACCAACAGGUAUAUCCUGUUUCAAGCUCCGAGCCACAACUGCCUCAAUAUUAACCCCCUCAAUGGGAACGCAGGCAGUGGAGGUAGAGCCGACCACAGGACAAGUCCCCUUGCAAGGUGUAGCGCUCGUCAUUGGCAAAGCCACCAAUUCACUUAAAGGGCUCCAGAUUGUCCCAGGAUGACUGACUUUCCUGCAAGAGAAAUGAAAAGUGUUCUUACAGACCACGAGCCAGGCUGCGCUAAUCGAGCCAGGGCAGCCUCUUGCUCAAGCACUCCAUUGUCCUACCAUUGCAGACCAUAGGGGGAAGCAGGGAAUUCACCUUGUGGCCUUAACUAUGACAUUGGAUAAUCGACCUAUUUGGGCCUUAACAAUUAAAGGAAAGACUAUUAGGGGAUUAUUAGAUACUGGGGCCGAUGUGAGCAUUAAUGCACGAAAGGAUUGGCCCUCCUCCUGGCCCCUGCAGGAGUCAGACAAUACACUUGUAGGAUUAGGAAUGACGGAGGCACCACCCAGGAGUGCAGAAGUCCUAGAAUGGCAGGAUGAAGAACAACAUAAGAGACAGUUUCAACCAUACGUAUGUAACCUCCCCAUCACGCUGUGGGGGAGAGAAGUACUGGUACAAUUAGGACUCACACUCACAGAUGGUAACAGUAAAGCUGGCGUGGGCUGGCAAAUGAUGGCAAAAUGGGAUACAAACAAGGAGGCUUAGGUAAACAUGGACAAGGCAUAGUUGAGCCUGUCAAAGUGAAACAAAGGAAAGACAGGUCAGGACUGGGUUUUCAAAAGGGGCCACUGAACAGCAGCCAAUUCCCUUAACAUGGCUUACGGACACCCCAGUGUGGAUUCCGCAGUGGCCCCUACCUUCUCCUAAGUUGGCUGCUGUUAAACAAUUGGUUAAAGAACAAUUAGAGGCAGGACAUUUGAGGUCCACCUCACCAUGGAACACACCCAUCUUUAUAAUAAAAAAGAAAUCUGGUAAAUACCGUCUUCUUUAUGAUCUCAGAGCCAUUAAUCGGCAGAUGCAGCCUAUGGGAGCCCUGCAACCAGGCCUCCCAGUGCCAACUAUGAUACCUCAAAACUGGAAAGUGCUAGUAAUAGACCUAAAAGAUUGCUUCUUUUCCAUUCCAUUUCACCCACAAGACACCCGAUGCUUUGCCUUUACAAUUCCCGCUGAAAAUCAUGCAGCCCCCAACGAAUGUUAUGAGUGGAGAGUCUUGCCACAAGGCAUGACAAAUAGUCCUACUCUAUGUCAAUUAUAUGUGGCACAGGCCAUCUUGCCAGUAAGACAACAAUUUCCUGAGAUUAAAGUGCUACAUUAUAUGGAUGAUAUCCUCCUUGCCACUCAGGACGACCACACCAUUCUGGCGGCAUUUACUGCCUUGCAAAAACAACUCACUAAUAAUGGUCUACAAAUAGCUCCAGAAAAAAUUUAAUCUCAAACUGUUGUACAGUACUUGGGCCUAAAAGUAACCCCCACUAAGGUCAUGCCUCUUGAUUUUAAUAUUUCAACACAUAAAAACACUCAAUGAUCUCCAAGGGCUCUGUGGACACUUAAAUUGGAUACGACCUUACUGUAAAUUAACCACUGAAGAGAUGCAACCUCUAUUUCGACUUCUAGAAGGGGAUUCUAAUCUUAAUUCUCCCAGGCA